AUGUUGUUCGAAAGUUUUGAAAUUAGAUAUGAUGAAACUUUUAAAGACAAUACUAAUAAAUUUACUGAAGUUUAUAAAGCUGAUAACAAUUCAAUUAAAAGAAUUUUCAAAUUAUCCGAUCAACAAUACCAACCGCGUUUAUUUGAAUAUAACACAAGCAGAAUAUUAGAUGGUCGAACUGAAGAAUCUUAUGAUAUAGAUGAAAAUUUAAAAACUAAUUUUAAUUUGAGAAUUAAUAUUAAUAAUAAUGGAGGUGGUAGUUCUAAUGACAGUGAUUCACAUCAUGUAUACCAAAAAUGGUAUGAUGCUAGUAAUUCAAUGUUAUCCGAAGAUAUCUUAAAUAAUAAAGGAAAAUAUACCGAAAGAAUUAGUGAUGAACUGACAUCUUGUUCAAGCAGAAAAUUAGAUGAUGAUAGUUCUAAGUCAAAAGAAUUAAAAGGAACAAAGUAUCCAGCAAUCAUCAUCGAAGCGCUUGAUACGUUGACAACAAAUGAUGCAAACGAAGAGGAUGAAAGGAAAUAUGUCACAAACGCUUGCUCUCGCUGUAAAAAAAGACACAUAAAGUGUGAUGAUCAUGAACCUUCAUGCAAGAAUUGCAAAGAAAAGGGUUUUGCUUGCAAACGUAUUCCACCAACUAUUGUACGUGGCCGUCCCCUGGGUUUACUUAAUGGUCAGGGAAAAUGGAAAAAGAAAAAUAAUUCGCUAAAUGAUUUUAGCAACUUCGAUAAAUUCAACUCUGAUUUUUUUUCUCCCCAAAAUCAACCUGGAAACUUUAGCAAUUAUGAUUUUGAUCCAAAUGCAUCAUUGAUUACUGAUAUAUCUAUUAAUUCUACGAUUACCACCGUUACGAAUACUGAUUUUGAUCCUAUUAAUCUUGCUAUUAAUAACUAUGGUAGAGGAUAUAAUUCACAAGAUCCAGAACAAUACUGUAAUUCGUUAGUGCACGGUUUGCCAGCACCGACUGAACUAUUUAAUAUUAAUAUUCCUUCAUUUACGAACGAACAAUAUUUGAAAGCUGCAGCACUUAUUUCAAGUACAAACGCUGCAAUAAAUGUAGCAACACCAACACCAAUUAUUAAUAAUUACGAUCCUCUUGGAGAUUUAUCCCAAGAUUUAGCUCCAAAUUUUAAUGCUGAAUCAGAAAAAUGGUUUAUUGAAAAUAACGAAGAAAUAACAAGAUUCUUCCAAAAAUAA